UAGAUGGCUAGCAGAAAUCAAGUCAAACCAUGAAUUCUAUGAUCUGGCAAAUCUCUGUGGAGUUUCUGGCUACUAUAUUUGGCUUUUUUCCAAAGGAGUUUCCAAUUACAGAAAGAGUUCUCUAACAAAGAAUGUUUCCAGGGCAGCAGAUGUUUCACUCAUUACAUAAUACUGAACAUGGCUAACCUUUAAAGCUUUCAACUGGGGCAUCUUUGGAGCAGUCAUCAUCUUCUGUUAUGUGAAAGAAAAGUUUGGGUACAACACUGAUGAAACAAGAAAAAACUGGUUUAUUAAAUGAGGGUGGCUGGAAGUACUAACAUAACCAUGAUAGAAGACAAAGGUCCACGAGUGGCUGACUAUUUCGUGGUCGCAGGGCUCACUGAUACAAAUACGGCAACCCUCCUGGACCAAGAAAUCAGCCGAAAUGAAACAAAAUCAACUGGUCCCAAGGCUCCAAUUACUGACAUUGCUGUGAUAAUUAAAUCAGCUGGUGAAACUGUCCCAGAGGGAUAUACCUGUGUUGAGGCCACCCCCACAGCCCUCCAAGCCAACUUAAACUAUGGAAGUCUAAAGAGUCCUGAACUUUUUCUCUGCUACAAGAGAGGCCGGGACAAACCACCUCUUACUGACAUCGGAGUUCUCUAUGAAGGGAAGGAUCGUGUUAUUGCGGGCUGCGAGGUGAUUCAGGCUACUCCAUACGGUCGUUGUGCCAAUGUGAACAACAGCUCAGCUUCUUCGCAGCGCAUCUUCAUCACCUACCGAAGGGCCCCUCCCGUGCGUCCUCAGAAUUCACUGGCUGUGACUGAUAUCUGUGUUAUUGUUACCAGCAAAGGGGAAACCCCUCCUCACACAUUCUGUAAAGUUGAUAAGAAUUUAAAUUGUGGUAUGUGGGGUUCUAGUGUAUACCUUUGUUACAAGAAGUCUGUGCCAGCUUCCAACUCUUUAGCAUAUAAAGCUGGCUUAAUUUUCAGAUAUCCUCAAGAGAACUAUGAAUCAUUCCCACUGUCAGACUCUGUACCUCUCUUCUGCCUUCCUAUGGGAGCUACUAUUGAGUGCUGGGACCCUCAAACGAAAUAUCCACUACCAGUGUUCUCAACAUUUGUACUGACCUGCUCUUCUGCAGAAAAGGUUUAUGGUGCUGCUAUCCAGUUUUAUGAGCCUUAUCCCCGGGAGCUGCUAACAGAAAAACAGCAAUCGCAGCUCGGCCUUCUGACGACUGUAGAGAGAAAAGUGAUUACUUCCAAGUCCAUCAAUUCAAACAAAUGUAUCUGUCUUCUGUCACACUGGCCUUUCUUUGAUGCAUUUCGAAAAUUUCUUAUGUUCAUCUACAAACUCUCUGUCUCUGGACCUCAUCAUCUUCCCAUUGAAAAGCAUAUAUCCCAUUUUAUGCACAAUAUACCUUUCCCUUCACCACAGAGGCCAAGGAUUCUUGUGCAGCUUUCUGCCCAUGAUGCAUUAAUACUGUCACAGCCAGUUUCUACACCAUUGCCAUUAAGUGGAGCAAACUUUAGCACUCUGCUCAUGAAUCUUGGACCAGAAAACUGUGCCACUCUGUUACUCUUUGUAUUACUAGAAGGCAAGAUCCUACUCCAUUCCCUUAGACCAGCUGUGUUGACAGGAGUUGCUGAAGCUGUAGUAGCUAUGAUAUUUCCAUUUCAGUGGCAGUGUCCAUAUAUCCCACUCUGUCCUUUGUCUCUGGCCACCGUACUCAGUGCACCUCUUCCAUUUAUUGUUGGAGUUGAUUCACGAUACUUUGAUCUGUACGAUCCACCACAGGAUAUUGUGUGCAUUGACUUAGACACAAACAUGGUAUACAUAUCAGAUGAUAAGAAGAGCACCAACUGGAAACAGUUUCCUAAAAAGCCAUGUAAAAGCCUUCUCAGCACCUUAAAGAAACUGCACCCACAGCUGGCAGCAGUUCACAGGAAAACUCAAGAAGGCUCUGCAGUAGAAAUGACUCCUAUAGAGGCAGAUUUCUCCUGGCAGAAGAAGAUGACAGAACUUGAGAUGGAGAUCCAGGAAGCAUUUCUCCGUUUCAUGGCAUCUAUUUUGAAGGGUUACAGAACAUUCCUCAAGCCAAUCACACAGGCACCUUCAAAUAAAGCAACUGCUGCCGAUUCCCUGUUUGAUCAUCAAGGAUUUUUAAAAAGCAGAGACCGUGCCUAUACAAAAUUCUACACUCAUCUCACCAAAACACAGAUAUUCAGUCGCUUCAUUGAAGAGUGCAGUUUUGUGAGUGACAAGGAUACUGGCUUGGCAUUUUUUGAUGACUGCAUAGAAAAGGUUGAUAUAGAUUCUGUUGAAGAUGCACGCUUGAUUGAGCUUGAUGAGUCACAAAAAAGUGAACACACAGUGUUCAUAAUGCCACCAGAACCACCUGCUGAUGAUGGACAGGACCAAGUGCCAAAAUACAGCUAUAAAAACUUCCCACGACUGGAUUUCAAGCUGUUUGACAGACCACAGGAGCUCAAGCUCUCCUUCAGCAGACACCCAGCUGGAAGCAGCAUUUCAAACAGUCCAGCCCUCAUGGCAAAGAGGACAAAACAGGAGAUAAAAACAGCCCAUAAAUUAGCCAAGAAAUAUUACGUAAGCCCCUCCCAGUGGGCUAAGUGUCUCUUCAGUCAUAGUUACAGCCUGUGGUUUAUUUGUCUGCCAGCCUAUGUCAGAGUUGCACAUCCCAAGGUCAAAGCGCUGCAACAGGCAUAUGAUGUUCUGAUUAAAAUGAGGAAAACCGAUGUGGAACCACUAGAUGAGGUCUGUUACAGAGUUGUAAUGCAGCUCUGUGGUCUGUGGGGUCAGCCUGUUCAGGCUGUGAGAGUCCUUUUUGAAAUGAAAAAUGCUGGAAUACAGCCAAAUGCCAUCACCUAUGGUUAUUACAAUAAGGCGGUUUUAGAGUCUUCUUGGCCAAGUGGUAACCGCAGUGGCAUAUUCCUGUGGACAAAGGUGCGAAACAUAGUUCGUGGCACAGCACAGUUUAGGCAGUGCUUAAAGAAAUCAACACAGAGCCCACAAGUGCCUGUGAUACCAGCUCUGCGGAAUCCCACGGGCGGAAGUGAUGGGGACAUGGUGAGCCAUGGUAGCGUGGAUAGUUCUAAUGAUGCUAACAGUCGGGAGCACACCCUCUUCGUCAGUGACUUAGUCAGGCUUGAUUCCGUUGAUAAUCACUCUAGCACAGGUGUUCUGUCAGACCAGGGUUACAGAUCCAAGGAUGAACUUUUGAGAGAUGUUGAGGAUAGUCUUCCUGUGACUGAAACACAAGUAGAGAAAGAUACUUCUAACAUUGAAGACUUAAUAGAGAUUUCUAUAGAAAAAUCUUACAAAAAGCAACAGCUGAAUACAGAAACUCCAAGCCCCGCUGAUCCACCUGCUUGGGGUAACAGUAUUGUGAAAGUUCCAUCAGGCAUUUUUGAUAGCAGUGGAGGGAAGGGCAGUGACGAAGCUGUUCCUAGCCCACUGUUCAUAACUCAGGAUUCAGUUGAAGAUUCAGUCUUUGGUAAUGUUUCUCCUAAGAAAACAAGUGAAAAAAGACAGAAGAGGCAAAAACUGUUUUCAGAGAGAAGCUGCAGUUUCAGCAGUGAAAGCAGAGCUGGAAUGCUGCUGAAAAAAGGCAGCUUGGACUUGCAUUCUAAAGAAAUAGCAAUAAUGAUGGGAGCAGAUGCCAAGAUCCUAACAGCAGCUUUAUCUGGAGUCAAAACUUCACCCUCUCAUAUGAAUAAAUCCCACAGCUUUGAAAAUAUCACUGACCAGCAGGUGUCUGACAUAAGUGGCACUUGGAGUGGUGUGACUGAGAGUGAUUGGGACCUAGAACGUAGGUCUUUACCAGUGCUGGAAGAACCUGGGGAAGGGCAGGAGCAUCUUGAGAAUGGAAGAGAUGGAAACCUGACCACAGUGGAAGACAUGAAUCUUGAACAGGCAGGUGAGUCUGAAAACCAGAAACCUGAAUUCAAAGAUGCACCUGCUAAAAGAAAUAGCUUUUAUGGUGUGGUUAAGCCUAUCGAAAGGGAAGAUGUUGAAGUAGGCUUGGACCCUCUGUCUUUGCUAGCUACUGACAGCACACAACCAGAUUAUCCAGAACCUGGGGAAAAGCUGAUGUCACCAGUUGCAGCACGUAAUUUGGCAGAUGAAAUAGAGAGCUAUAUGAAUUUGAAGAACCCAUUGGGUAGUAAGUUCCCCAGCAUGGAACUCCACAAGCUGGAUAAGGAAGCAGAAGCUUCUGGUACACUUGGUCGCUCCCAAGAAAGGAGAUCAAGCCUGCCUUUGGAUUCCAUCCUGCCAUCCUCCAAGUGUUAUGAAAAUCGAAGAAGUCCUUCUGUCUCCAGAUCCAAAACAUUCACUGGACGAUCAAAGCAACAAACUCAUCCACAAGUUCAAAAGGAGCCGUCUUCAUCUUUGACAGGACUGGGCCGCUCUUCUCCACAUGGCUCAUUGGGAACUGUUGUAACAACUUUAUCCAAUCUGAAGUUAGACAAUAUACUGUCUGGACCAAAAAUGGAUGUUUUGAAAUCAGGCAUGAAGCAGGCUGCCAAUGUGGCCAGUAAGAUGUGGGAAGUUGUAACAUCAGCGUAUAGUUACUCAGAUGAUGAGGAAGAAAGCCAUCAACCAGACUAUAACUUCCCUGUGGGCCUUGAAGAUAAUAUUUUAGGAGAUAAUCUGUCGUCAAGAACUGGACUCCCAGGCCUACUUACAAAUGAGCUUGCACAAAGCACUACUAGUCUUGGCAGUAGCAGCAGUGGUGGAGAUGUAGGAAGACAGCAUUAUAGUGCAGGCGAAGUUUCAUUCCCAAAAAGUAUGAAAGUUCUAGAUUCUGAGAAAUCAGAGCACAGCUCUUCACAUAAUACUAGUUUAUCCAGCAUUUUCCAGAACUAUGCAAUGGAGGUCUUGAUGUCAAGCUGCUCUCAAUGUAGAGCUUGUGAUGCUUUGGUUUAUGAUGAAGAAAUUAUGGCUGGAUGGUCAGCAGACGACUCAAACUUGAACACUACCUGCCCUUUCUGUAAAAGUACCUUCCUACCUUUGCUUAAUGUUGAAUUUAAAGACCUUCGUGGCUCUGCAAGCUUUUUCCUGAAGCAAAGUACCUCAGGAGAUAGUUUACAGAGUGGCACCCUUCCAUUAACCACAGAUCCUCUGGAGCAGAAACUGUUGACCAGUCCAGCCGUUGCUGACUUGAUCAGUUUUUCAGAUCACCUGCAGUCCAACCACACCAUAGCUGAAGAAACCAACUCUGCAGCUGAGCAGGGUGAUUUGGCAGAAGAACAGACUACAGAUCCCACAGCCAUGAAGACACAUGCCAAUAAUCCACCAAAAAGGGGAGUGUCCUUGACUAGGAGCCACAGUGUGGGAGGUCCUCUGCAAAACAUUGAUCUCUCCCAGAGACCAUCUCAUGGCAUUUCAACAGUUAGUCUUCCAAAUAGUUUGCAGGAAGCUGUGGAUCCUUUAAUAAAACAACCUAACCCUGCCCCUGUAUCUGUACCAUAUUUGAGCCCUUUGGUACUGCAUAAGGAGCUUGAAUCACUGUUGGAGAAUGAGGGAGAGCAAGUGAUUCAUACAUCCAAAUUCAUCAAUCAACACCCAAUAAUCUUUUGGAACCUAGUCUGGUAUUUCCAACGGUUGGAUCUGCCCAGCAAUUUACCUGGACUCAUUCUAACAUCUGAACACUGCAAUGAGGGAGUGCAGCUUCCUUUGACAUCUCUUGCUCAAGAUAGCAAGCUAGUAUGCAUUCAUCUUCUGUGGGACAAUAUCAAUCUCCACCAAGAGCCAGGCGAUCCCCUAUAUAUUUCUUGGAGAAAUCUCAAUUCUUCUGAAAAGAAACUCUCCUCACUGGCAGAAGAUCAGCAGGCAACAAACACUUUGAUAGAGAACAUCAAACUAAGUAUUCAACACAAUGAUGUUGUUAAACCAAUCAACCUCCUCCUACAGAAAGUUAAACCAGAUGUGAAACGACAGAGGAGUUUUUACAGGGAAAUUCUUUUCCUGUCUCUGGUGUCUCUUGGAAGAGAAAACAUUGACAUUGAGGUCUUUGAUAGUGAAUACAGACUUGCACUUAAAAAACUACCACAGGAAGUUCUUGAAAAGAUGCAGAGAAUAGAUGCUCCACCAAGCAGCAGAGUUGAGUGUUGCAGGAAGUGCUUUGGAGCACCUUUAAUAUAAAAACAAGGAAGACACACACCAAACUUUGGAGAGACAAAAGCAGAGGUGGACAAACCUGAGAGCAUGGUGAUAUAUAUUCUUUUGAGUCUCAAAAGGUGUUAAUUGAGCAAUUUGUCAAACUAGUUUCACUGAAUGGCAACAUAUAUUCUUCUCAUUCAUCUCAUAGGCACAUUGUAAAGUAUGUCAAAAUGUUUUAAAAUUAUGAGUUUGUUUCAGUGGUUGAUCUGCUUUCCCCCCAUAUAUAUUAUUUAAUUUCCUCAAAAUUUUCCUCCCCAAUAUCAAGUUGUUCAAAAAGCUGGUGACGAAACAGCAGUCUAUAGUUGGUGACUUCCUUAAGGGCCACCAAUACUGGUGUAUUUUAAUGAAGUACUUUUCCAGUGCUCAGAUUCUUCAAUGCAUCUUCAAAAUGACCUUUACCUAGAGAGGGAUCCUUUUAUUAGUGUGUGGUAUGGUUGUAUGAAUGUGAAUAUUUGAAACCUUGGAUUGGAAGCUGCAAUGCAGUUGCUUUCAUCAGAUCAUAGUACGUACCUUAAAUUGCUACCCUUCUCCUGAUUCUUGUCCCAAUUGGUAUUCUGAAUUACCUUUGCUGACCUUUUCUGUACGUGUGUCUACAGCUGUGAGAAAACAGAGACUUACACUCAACUAUCCUGUAUUCUCUAUCUGAUAAACUAUAAGAUCCUGUAAAGGUACUGGCUGCUUUCUCCAAAGAAGGAUAGGCUUCUACAGAAAGCAGCUCAGAAAUGGAUGGCACACAAGAAUUGUCAGAAGAUACUGCCUGAAAAAAAUAUGCUUUAUACUAUUUGCAUGUGUGCUGAAGAGGUGUUUUGCUCGAAUUCUUUAUCACCCUCUCCCUUGGUUUCAUACUAGCCUGUGGGUUAAAUAUUUUGCACUGAUAGUCCAGAUUAAAUAUUUCAAUUAAGAUGUAUUUAUAAAUGUGGUCUUCAAGGUGUAUAUUAGCAGAAAUGAAGUGCUUAUGUGUAUGAUCUGAAAAGAUGUAUCCAUCUUUUUUAUUGCUUCUAGUAGAUAAGACACUUCCUCACCUCACGUAUUUAAUUGACUACAGUAGUCAUAGUCUUGGCAAGGAGAGCCUGGAUACUGGUCAACAGUUUAAGUGCUUCUGUUACUUGAAGAAUACAAUAAGAUUUAUUCCAGGUUUUUGCUGAAAGUUAGUAGUGUGGCUUUUACAACAGAAUAAUGCGUAGAGAAAAUAGAUAUUUGUAGCAUGUAAAAGGAGCAUAGCUUAAAAUAUUAAUUGCAUCUGGGUAUGAGUGUAUUUACUUGAUACUACUUUUAAAAAUUUUCAUUCUUCAAAAUGAUGAGGGAUGAAGAUCUGUCUGGAACAAUUUUUUACAUGAAACAAACUCUUUUUUUCAUGAGGUGAAAACAAGGGAGUUGCACUAUUUAUGACAAAAUAUAUUUACAUCGUAGACUUACGCCUUGUAUUUUGUCUAAAAGUGCUGGUCCUAAGUUAAUAUGGGGAUAUUAUCUGGACAGAUUCUCUCCUGAUAAAACUAUUGUGCUUUCUCAACAACUAAAAGCAAGGAAGCACACAAUGAUUUUUUCUUUUUAAAUUUAUUCUUUAUUCUUUGGGUUUAUGCAUAGUUGCUUGCUGAUAUCUGACCUACAUCACAAUUGAAGAACAAUGCUUCAUUCUUCAUCUUCUCUUCUGCAGUUACAUAACUGACAUGGUUCCAUCCUUCUAAAUCCUUCUAAAAUUAAAAUUAAAGUCUAUCUAAAGCAUUGGUCAAAACAAUUUAAUAUUUCUACAAUUCAAAGCCAGCAAAUUUUUCUCUAUGACUCUAUACAUUAUUUUUCAAUAGACAGUUACAUAAAGACCAUUUUUGAGUGUUAAAUGGACAAACCAUGUGAUUAUGUGAUGCAACUUGCAAGGAAUCAAAUUUUAGUUAUGCUUAAAUUCUCCCAGCUCAUUCAAUGGCAAGGAAAAUCUGUCUAGUGAGUGCUGUUUUAGAUAUGUGACAUCCAAACAGUUUUAAAACAUAGUAAAUAAAUUAUUAUGUACUGGUUUUCCUAAACACAUCACCUUCAUUUCCAAACAGCUUUCUCAUCUGUUGCUGAAAAUAUAGAUUAAUAAGGUAGUAGUGUUGUAAAGACAGCAAAGCAGAUUGUGUCACAAUCUAGUGUUAAUUGUUAAAACUUUCCCAGCUAUAUACAGUAAACAAACAAAAAAACCCAACAAAAGUAAAACAAAAAGAGAAAAGGACUGGUGCAGAAUUGAACUUGCUUUGAUUUGCACUUGCAUAUUGGCAUUUUUGUACACUACCAAUUAACUGCUCUUCCUGGUGUAGACACCUGGAUUUGAGACUGGUAGAAGUCCUCAUGUAGCUACUUGAAAUCUUGAAUCUGCAUAUUGGAAUUGAUUCUUUAAUAUAAGAAAAAAAAAUGAAGACCUUAUCCUUUUUAGUUUUUAAUGCUUAGGUUUUGAGUGGCUAACUAAUCAGUUGGGUUUUUAAUGUAAUCCAUAGCUCACAUGAAAAGGGAUAUCUCUGAAAACAAUUUGUUUUCAUCUCAGAUGCUUUUUGGGGGAAAAAAAAGUAAGAGUUUCACAAAAUCUGGCCAAAAAUAACCAGGGAAAAGUUUCAAAAGUUUUUUGUGAGUGCAUUGCAAACACUUUUAUUCUUCUGAAAAUUAGGCACUAAAGGCACACUUCUGCAAUUUAGUUGACAGGAUGAACUUCUUGAGCUACAUGGGGAUGACUUAGUUACAUACAAAUGCUUCUAACUUGCUUGACACCCAGCUCCUAAGAAUCCGAAUUUACCUGAAUCCUUAAUACAUUACUGAUCCAAGCAAAGCGUUGUGAACGAGAGAUAGGAUAAGCUGGAUUUUGGUUCUGUUUUUCUGUCAAUACAAACAGAAGGAGUAGCAUUUUGCUCACUUGUGAAACUCUUGCCUCCACAUACUCCCUAUAGUAUCUCAACAGCCAGUGUUCAGGAGAUGAUUAUUCUGUGUAUAUUUUGUUAUUCCCAUGUACAACCUGAAGAAAAUAUUUGCAGAUCAGCAUUAACUUCAAAACAUGCAAUGGGUGCACAAAAAAGGGGUGUAAAACAACCUAAUUACAGAAGUGGAUGCAAACAAUGAAUUUCAGGUAUGCCCAAGAACUUAUAAAGUUUGUAUUGGAAGAACAAUUAUCAAAGAGAAGCUUCCUUGAAUUGUUUCCCUAAGGAUGUUGAACUGCAGCCAGCUGUGCUAAGAUACUAUCUUGCACCUUUCUCCCAGCUAUAAAUCAGUUACAUAUAUAGCUUGUGUGCUCACAUGAGAAAAGCUGGGGUUUUUGUGGAAUUAAAACAACAAAUGAGGUCUCAAAUGUUCAAAAUCAGAAUUCUUAAGUUACAAAGCUUUUCUUUAGUAAUUGUAUUCUGGCACAUCACCAAAACCUGACAACUUUGAAAACCCUUUAGGCUUAGGAGACUGAUGUCGCUCCAGUGUUGGCACAGUAAUUGGUACCAGCUUUUACACCUUACUAGAAGCAUCUGUAUGUUACUUAUAAUCAUAUCCUGUCUUCACAUUUUAUAUAAUGCAAUUUUAGACAAUACAAUUAUAAUGGAAAAUAUUUUAUUUACUGUAUGUGUUUCAAACUAAAUGAAUUUUGCAAGUAACUUAGUCUUGUUUCUGGUGGAAUUUCACAUUGGUUAAGCUCAAGCUACAUUGCACUUGUGAAUGAGUAAUAUUCUAUUAUAACUGUGAAUUAAUGGCUUUUUGUAUUGCUGCAGCUAAAAGAAUAUACCUUUCAUUGAGUUUACUGCUUUCUUUGAAUAACUGCAACAUAGGGGAUAUUUUCAAAAUGUAUAUUAAAUUAGAUCAUAGAAAUUAUAUUUUUAAAACAAAUUUUUAAAUGUAAGGAACUAAAGAUCCACUCAGUAGUUUUCUCUUUGUAGAACUCUUAGUUCAGCAAUUAUGUCAAUGCAGGUAACUCCUAUUUUAUUAACUGUAAGCAGGUAAUCUUAUUCACAUAAUUGUAUAUUUUCAACAAAAGGGUUCUUUUUUCUUUUUACUAAUAAAAAUCUUAAAAUACAUUCUGUAUAUCCGCUUUUCACUAUGGAUCUUUUUAAAAACAAACACCCCUUUAACUUGUAAGUGUUGAAUGGUUGAAUUGGACUCUAGUUCUGUACUCUCCUGUGCUGUAUAUUGUGAUGCAUACAUGAGAGGAUUGGAUGGUGUUUUUAUUUGUUCUUUCAGUCUGCAUCAACCAAUGGUGCAAAUAAAAUGGAUUGUUUGCUAUUGUUUAGAAGCACAUGAAACUCCUAUUAGGAGCUUAAAAUAAACUGUAUUGUAACAAGGAUGAAAUGAUGUUGUGUGAAUAAAUUAUGAAUCUAUUAAGUGAGCUGGGAAUCUUAAUGCAACAAAAUUUGCACUGGUUUAGAGACUGUUUUGAACUGUUGAAAAAUGGCAUCCAUUUACUGUGCUUUGAUUAACAAUCGUUUCUCUGUAAUAUUUUUGUACAUUUGACAAAAAUUUGAGUUUAAAAGGGCACUCUAUAUCCUGAAUUCUGUAUAGAUAUUCUAGACUAAGAAGCAAUUUUUAAUGUUGUUCCCAGAAUAAAAUAUAUAUGCAUCCUAUGUAAAAA